AUGAAUAAUAACAAUAAUAAUAAUUAUAUAUUAUAUAAAAAAGUUUUUAAUAAUAUUGUAAUUUCAAAUAAAAUAUUUAAAUUUGUUAGAUUUGAAUAUUUAGAUGAUGAUGAUGAUAAUAAUGAAAAUGAAUUUUAUAAAAUUUAUGAAAUUAAAAAAGAAUUAAAAAGAUCAUAUGAUUUUUCAAUUAAAGAAUUAUUAUCAAAAAAAUUAUUUAAAUUAUUUGAUUAUUUAUUCGAAUUUUAUUAUAAUGUUGUAAUAUUUAAUAGAGAAAAGUAUUGGAAAUUUGUAUCAAUGUUCCAAUUUAAUGAUAAAAAAGAUUUUAAAGCACUAUUAUCUUAUAAAGAAUUAGGAUUUAAUAGAUUUUUAAAAGUUUAUAAUAAUUCAAAAUUUCAAUUUCAAAUAUUUAAAAAAUUUGUUUUAAAAAGUUCAGCAAAAAGUGGUAAUUUAGAAAUUUAUAAAUUCUUAAUGAAUGAAAAAAUUUAUGAAUUUAGAGAACCAAUAAAAUAUUCAAAAUUUUAUAGAUGGGGUGGCGAUCCAAUGAUUAAUAAAGAUGGUUAUAAAACUUCAAUCGAUUGUGAUAAUAAUUUAGAAAUUUUCAAAAAUGAAAUUAAAUAUCACAAUUUUGAACUCACAUUUGUUCAAGCGAUUGAAGUUUUAAUUAAAUCAUUAAAAAGUAAUAACUUGGUUUAUUUAAAUUAUUUAGUAAAUUAUUUAAUUGAUCUCGAAAUUCAUUUAGUUAAAUUUCAACUACCAUUCACAGCACCCUAUGAUAAAAUUGUAGAUAAUUUAAGUUGUCUUUUAAUUGGUAUUUCUUUCAUUCACUCUAAUCUUGAAUUGGCUAAAAUCAUUUUAAAAUCUGAUUACCUAUCAAAACAAUUCAAUGGAAAUUAUCCAUUACCUUACAUUAAACAACAAAAUACAAAGUUUUUGGAUUUCCAAAUUUUAAAUUAUUUUUGGAAAAAUUCAAAUUCAUCACAAAAUCAAUUUAGAAUUAAUGGUUUCCAUUUAACAAGUAGUACUUCCGUUAACAAUACUAAAGAUAUCAGUCGUUUAAUAAUUAAUAGUAAUUUAGAAAUUAUUAAUUUUAAUUUUAAUUUAAUAAAUUAUAAUAAUGAUAAUAUUAUAAUUUCAUUAUUAAGAUUUAAUUAUUCACCAACAUUUCAAGAAUUUAAAUUUUUAAUUGAAAAUAAUAAUAAAAUUGAAUUUCAUAAAUUAAAUUGGGAUUUAAUAUUUUUUAAUAUUACAAAGAAAUUAUUUGAUUGUAAUUAUUUGAAAUUUGUAUUAGAUUUCAUUUCAAAUGAACCAACAUUAAAUGAUAAAGUUUCUUUAAAACCAAUUCAUUUCGAUUCAAAAUUAUCAAUUGUUGAAUUCCUUUUUAAUAAUUUUGAAAAUUAUAAAACUAUUCAAUUUACAAAUUUUUCAAUGAAUACUGGUACUUAUAAAUAUUUGGAUUUAUUUUUUAAUGAUUUAAAAUCUUUGCAUUUAUUUAUUGAAAAAUCAAUUUCAUUAUUUAAAAAUUCAAAUUUGUUAAUAACAAUUUUAGAAACCUCUGUUAACACUUCAAAUUUAUUAAUAUUUAAUUAUAUACUUAGUAAUUUUAAAUCAUUAUGGCCAUCGGCAUUCCAACUUAGAAAUUUAAUAAGAUAUAUUCCAAAUUUAAAAAAUGAAGGUUAUCAAGGUUUUAUAAUUUUUAAAACAAUAAUUGAUAGUAUUAUAAGUAGUGGUGGUAAACCUUUAAACUAUAGUGAUUUACAACCUAGUCUUAUUGGUUCACAUGUAAUUAGUCAAGUAUUUUUAAUUAAUAAUCCAUUAAUUUAUCAUUAUUUAAUUUUAAAAAAUUUAGAAUCUAGAUAUUAUUUUUAUAUUGAUGAUUUAAAUUUUAUAAAAUUAUUUUUUAAACCAACAUCAUCAUCAGUAUCAUCAUCAGUGCCAUCAUCAAUAUCAUCAGUAUCAUCAGUAUCAUCAAUUUUAAUAGAACAAAAUUAUAAUAUUUCUAAAUUAUUAAAUAAUUUUUAUAAUAUUAAAGAAAGUAUAUUAAAUUAUUUAUUUUUAGAAUGUAAUUUAAAACCUUCAAGUGUGGUUAAUUUCAAUUCAAAAGAAUUUUUUAAUGAAUUUGGUUCGCCUUAUCAAAUUUCUAAAAAAUUAUGUUAUGUUAUUGAAAAUGAUUCAAAAUGGGUUUGUGAUAAUAUAUUAAAUAUAAUUUACAAUUCUUGUAAAUUUAGAGAUUUAUUUUAUAUGAAUUUAAUUUUAUUAAAUGAAAAUUAUUCUCAAGAAAUAAAACAUCAUCUUUUAAUUAAUUUAAUUUUUUAUUCAAUAAUUAAAUUAAGUGAAGAUGAUAAUAUUAGUAAAAACUAUUAUCAUGAUAGAGAUAAUUUAUGGUUUUCAAAAUUAAAAAUUAAUAAUUAUAAUAAUAGUAAUAAUAAUAAUAAUAAUAAUAAUAAUAAUAAUAAUAAUAAUAAUAAUAAUAAUAAUAAUAAUAAUGGUAAUAAAAUUUUAUUUAUUGAUUCAUUGAAAUUAUAUAAUAUAGAAAUUUCAAAUUUAAUUACUAAAAUGGAAAAUACAAAUCAAAUUAAAAAAUUUAAUUUAAAUCUUCAACCAUUAAUAAUUUCAAAUAUUAAAAAUCAACAAAUUUUAAAUAUCAUUUCUUUAUUAAAUUAUAAUUUCAAAUCAAUAUCAAAUAAUGAUAAUCUUUUUGAUGAUAAAUUAAAAAUUCAAUUCAAUUAA